AUGGAGGUCCCGCAGUCAUCAUGCGAGCCCUGCUUCAAAACAGAACCGCCCAGCCCGGUGUUCGCCCUAGACAGCGUGACCCAGUUCAGCCCCGGCGGCUCGUCCGACAGCAGCGGCUGCAGUCUCCUUUCCGGGGGGCAAUCGCUGGAUCCUGAUUCCCCGAGCUCGGGAAGCAGCGGGUGCAGGGGCUCAGUGAUAGAUUCCUGCAGCAACCAGCGAUACAGAAGCGGGCGGACCCCAGAGUGUGAUCACGGCGCUGCCCUCAGCUCCGAGCCCAAGCGGCUCUGUUUGGUGUGCGCGGACUUUGCGUCAGGGUAUCACUACGGGGUCGCUUCGUGUGAAGCUUGCAAGGCAUUUUUCAAGCGAACCAUCCAGGGUAAUAUAGAGUACAGCUGCCCGGUGCUGAACACAUGUGAGAUCACGAAGAGGAGGAGGAAAUCCUGCCAGGCCUGUCGCUUCAGGAAGUGUCUGCAAGUCGGGAUGAUGAAGGAAGGCGUCCGAAUGGACCGUGUGAGGGGAGGUCGUCAGAAAUACAAAAUCUCGUCAGAGCCUUUCAAGACAACAGGUGAGAUUUUGCAUUCUCGCAAACCCUUUCCCUUAGAUGGGUGUUUUCUAGGCAACAAAGUAAUUUCCCACCUCCUUCUAAUGGAGCCCACCCCUGUCUUCGCCAUGCCCGACCCCACAGCCCCAGAAAGUGACGUCAAAACCCUGACCACCCUGUGUGACCUCCUCAACAGAGAGCUGCUUAUCGUGAUUGGCUGGGCAAAGCACAUCCCAGGCUUCCCCAGCCUGCCUCUGGUUGACCAGAUAGCCCUGCUUCAGAGCGGCUGGAUGGAGAUCCUGGUUCUGGCCGUGGCGUCUCGCUCGCUGGCUUUUGCGGAGGAGCUGGUGUUCGCUGGGAAUUUCCUGCUGGACCGUGGGCAGUGCCGCUCGGCUGGGCUGCUUGACCUCUACAGCGCCUUGCAGCAGCUCAUCAGCAAGUACCAGAAGAUGGGGCUCAGCCCGGAAGAGCUGGUCGCCCUCAAAGCCAUGGCGCUGGCCAACUCAGACUCGGCUCACAUUGAGAACGUGGAGGCAGUGCAGCAUCUUCAGGACGGACUCCACGAAGCCCUGCGGGAUUACGAGGGGAGCUGGCAGCCCCAGGACCCUCACCGCACGGGCAAGCUGCUCAUGACUCUCCCCCUGCUCCGGCAGACUGCCAGUCGAGCCAUUCACUGCUUCUGCAGGCUGCACCUGGAGGGCAGGGUGCCCCUGCACAAACUCUUCCUGGAGAUGCUAGAGGCUAAGAUGUGAUUGUCCAGCCAGCACCCCCACCACCAGUCCUGGGGGAGUGAAUGCCGUGAAAUCGCAACCCAAACCCACUCAGAACUAUUGCUUGGGAUGGCCAGCAUCUGCAGGCACUUUAUUUACAGCU